CUCACAAAUAUGAACCUAAUUAAUUGAUAGGCUAAAUGAUUAAAGCAUAAUAAAUCUAUUUUGACUUGUCUGGAUUUUAUUAGCAAAUUUAAAUUGCAAUAUUUGAACACAAAUUAUACUAAAAUACACAAGAAAUACAAACUUUUUAAUCAUCUCUUAACUAUCCAGGAAUGUAAACAAUAUAAACAUUUGCCUUAAGACCACUCAAAAUUGUCUGUUUAAGUAAAUUAAACAUCACAAAAAACUUCUUGGUCAGGGAAUAAUAAAAAUAAAAAAUUGAGCCUUCCUUCAGGACUGCUUUUGUCCACAAGCAUAGCCAAACUCAACAAAAACAUGAAAGCUAUGAAUAUAAAUAAAGUUGACGUUAACAGUACAAAACAUACAGGAGGAUAUUUCUCUCAAAGCAGCUUCCUUCUCGAGUUCGAGAAAUUCACACGGAUGAAUGUUAUGCUAACUCUGAUGCAGGUUGGACUUUUAGUAGCAAAAUUAGUGGUGUGUUCCCCACCUACACAAGAUCUAUGUUUUAACAUUACUUACAGCGGCUGCUGCUGGCGGAAAAAAAAUUCUAAUAUCCCUCGUCUUCGAAUGGGGCUGAGGAGGCGGCAUACUGUAAUUGGGGGUGGAGGGGGUCGAGUCAUCAGCCAAUCAAACGUGCGUUUUAGCGGGGAAAAAAUGGACUGGCACAUUCAGCAAGUUAAAAUAGGUAAAUGUAAAUCUGAACAUAAUGAAAAUAAUUUACUUAAUAAUGAUAGGGUCUAUUCUAUACUUACAACAUAUGGGAAGACAAUCUAAAUUACCUAUAUAACUGAAGUCAUUAUAUAAUGCAAAUAAAGUUGCUUAAAACUCGGUGGGGACAAUUUGAGCCAUAGACUUCAUAACCUAUUGACAUGACACGGGAAACAGGGCCGAUUCGUAGGGGGCCUAUUUUCAAAAACUUCAAAUAUUUACAAAACCAAAGCUGCUACCGACCUAGAACCAAAACAGGCACCUACCUUAGCCAUAUUUGAGUCUCCAUGAGCAGCGGCAUAAAAAAAUUCGAAGUCGUUCCCUUAUAAAAUCCCGAUUAAUUAUUUUCUAUAUAAGUAUAACACAGCUUAAAAUAGCUAUAAAAAUCUCAGAUUUUACACUAGAUGCACAAAAAUCACCGAAUGCUGGGAUAAUCACCUAUAUUUUCAGGAUCAAUAGCAAUAUUUAACAUAUCAUAUAAGUUUUUGACCAAAAUAGCAUCUUUUGUUUUUAUUUACUGCAAGUUUUCAACCGCUAAUAAAUCACUCAAUUUAACAUCAGAAACUUAGUACUUGAGGAAAACAUGCAGAAUCAGUCAUAAAUAAUAUGUAAAUAGAUAAUUAAUAAUUUAUAUGUACAAUCACUUAUUACAGAAUAGAAUAUCCCUUUAUUGUCAUUAUACACUAUAUACUGUUACCAAACGAGACUAGCAGCUGCCUGGCGUAAAAGGAGCCUUUCUGGGGAAAAUUCUUGUGAAUAAAUGCUUAAUUCCCCGAUUUCUUCAUAGAUAUGGACGUAAAACAGUCUCGAUUCAUGGUUAUAAGCAAAGGAACUGUACAGUUAGGGUUUAUUUUACCCAUAUAGACAAAGUACCAUGCUAAUAUUUAAGCCAAUGAGGCUAGUGGCCGUCUGGCGUAAAAGGAGCUUUUCUGGCGAAAAUUCUUGUAAAUAAAUGCUUAAAUCCCCGAAUUCUUCAUAGAUAUGGACUUAAAACAGUCUUGAGUCUUGGUUAAAAGCAAAGAAAUAGUACAGUUAGGGUUUAUUUUACCUAUAUUGACGAAGUACCAUGCUACAAUGUAAGCAAAAGAGGCUAGCGGCCGCCUGGCGUAAAACGAGAUUUUCUGGCAAAAAUUCUUGUAAACAAAUGCUUAAAUCCCUGAAUUCUUCAUAGAUAUGGACUUAAAACAGUCUCAAUUCUUGGUUAAAAGCAAAGAAACAGUACAGUUAGGGUUUAUUUUACCUAUAUUGACGAAGUACCAUGCUACAAUGUAAGUGAAUGAGGCUAGCGGCCGCCUGGCGUAAAACGAGCUUUUCUGGCGAAAAUUCUUGUGAAUAAAUGCUUAAAUCCCCCAAUUCUUCAUAGAUGUGAACGUAAAACAGUCUCGAUUCUUGGUUAAAAGCAAACAAACUGUACAGUUAGGGUUAUUUUACUUAUAUUGACGAAGUACUACUAUGUUAGCGAAUGAGGCUAGCGGCCGCCUGGCAUAAAAGGAGCUUUUCAGGCAAAACUUCUUGUGAAUUAAUGCUUAAAUCCCCGAAUCCUUCAUAGAUAUGGACGUAUAACAGUCUCGAUUCUUGGUUAAAAGCAAAGAAACUGUACAGUUAGGGUUUAUUUUACGUAUAUUGACAAAAUACCAUGCUACUAUGUUAGCGAAAGAGGCUAGUGGCCGCCUGGCGUAAAAGGAGCUUUUCUGGCUAAAAUUCUUGUGAUUAAAUGCUUAAAUCACAAGAAUUCUUCAUAAAUAUGGACGUAAAACAGUCUCGAUUCUUGGUUAAAAGCAAACAAACCGUACGUAUAUUGACGAAGUACCAUGCUACUAUGUUAGCGAAUGAGGCUAGUCGACUGGCGUAAAAGGAGCUUUUCUGGCAAAAAUUCUUCUGAAUAAAUCACAAAUCAUAAAAUUUGAAAAAUAAGGUCUUAAUGAAACCCUUUUUUCAAAUUUGUAAAAAAAAAAAAAAAAAAAAAUUUUUUUUAAGAAUAUGUGCAAUAAGCGCUCUAAUAUCUAUAACCCUUGCUAAAUCCUGUUUUUUUUCCCUCAUGGAACCUGCAGAUGCAGGAGUUGCUAUGCAUCCAUUAUUUUUUUUUUUUUUGAGGGAAGAUAUUUCAAAAUUCUGAAUUAGUCUCAAAAUCAUGAAAUUCUAAGUGUAUCAAAUCAAUCAUUUGGCAUUAAGGGGUUAAAUCCCAGAAUUCUUCAUAGAUAUGGACGUAAAACAGUCUCAAUUCUUGGUUAAAAGUAAACUAUGAGGCUAGUGAGUUACGAAAUUAGCCGCCUCUAUGUGUAAACAAGAAAAUUCCUGCGAAUAAAUGCUUCAAUUACUUAUGCAUGGUACGAAAAAUAUAAUAUUUACCUUGAAUCCUCAAAGAAAUCACUCCUGAGACAAUCCUUCCUGUUUGUACGCGGUACAACUUUCGUAGUUAAAUCCAAUCGUAAAUUAAUCCAAGCUUAAAUCCGACAUGAGCUUCGGCUAUUACUAAAUUAAGCUCGGCCCUCUCUGAUAAGGCGUUGCACACAGAAUGACGAAGUGACACGUCAGUAGUGAUGAGGUCUUAUGUUUGAGCAUCCUGAAAAGUUGCUCGUGUUGUUUCCUAAUAACCUACUUUUCAAUGACAGCCUUGAAAGUCCAUUUCUGUUUUAACUUGGUUUAUAAAUUCUCCGGGUGCAGGGGUGGAGGCGGGGGCUUCAGCCGCCUCAGGUUGGGGGCGGGCGACUGGGGUCUCCCGUCACGCCUCACUCGUAGCGCAACCCGCAGCCCGCCAGAGUUGAGGAGCCGCUGCGGGAGGUUCCGGCAGCCGCAGCCGCUCUGCUUGGGUUGCCUCAACCUGUUUGUCACAUUAGUUUUUACAGAAACCUGGACUGAAUCAAGUGGAUUUUUUUUUUUUUUUGCUGCAUUUUUUUUUUGAGGAUCUGAGUGGAGGCAUCCCUCCCUCUUUCCUCUCUCUUCCGCUCCCUCUCUCUCUUUCUCCCAUCCUUCCUCUUUCUUGCGCUCUUUCCCACUCAGCUCAGGUGUCGCCACUCGCCGCGGGUUCGCUUUUGGUGGGGGGGAAACUGCUGGAAGAUGGGACGAGCGGGCUUCAGCACCAAGGAGAGCGGACAGAUUCUUCUACUCGGUGCGUCACUGCUGCUGCUGCUGCCGGUGUCGGCGGCCGAGCUGGAAGGGGAGAACCUGUCGGGUCUGUCGACCAAUCCCGACCGAGCCAUCUUCGCCGUGCGGGAGAACGCCACCACGUGUCUGAUGGUGGAGUUCGCCGUCAAACUGCUGGUGCCCUACGACGUGCUGGCGCUCAACCGCAUUGACCUGAUCACGGAGCAGGCAUCCUUCACACUCCCUCGCAGCGCUCACAUCGACGGCAAGUGCGGCAGCAGCGAGUCGGAGAUUCACAUCAGCUGGAAAAACGACGCCUACGUGCUGCGCAUUUACUUUUCCAAGGAGCUGCGUGCAAAAGGCGCGGAGGUGUGGAAGAUCAGCAAGGUCCAGUUCGUGUACGACACAUCUGAAAGUUCUCACUUUAUCAACGCCUACAACCCGGGCAAGCACACGGCGAGUACUCACCGCCUGUCGGCGCUGGUGACGCCGGCCGGCCGUUCGUUCGUGUGUACGGCCCAGCAGACGCUGACGCUCAUCAGUAGCGAUCACCAGAAGGGCGUCACCGUCAGCAUGUACGACAUCCAGAUUCAACCCUUCGACAUGACUGCCGAUUUUGUCUUCAGCGAGCCAUACAAGUGCAUCACGGACCAGCGCGAGCGACUCGAGGAGACGCUGCCGCUCAUCCUGGGCUUCAUCCUGGCGCUCAUCAUCGUCAUCACGCUGACCGUCUACCACUUCCACCUCAAGCUGAGCGCCAGCAACACGCCGCCGCAGAUGCCGCGCGAUCGCUCCAUGUACAAAAACAUGUAGAGAGGCCGCGAAUGAUCGCGUUUCAGCGCCAUUGACAGGGAUAGACGUCCAAUUGCUCUUCCAGUCAAAAUGAAUCGGACGUCUAUCCCCGUCAAUGGCAGCAAGUGAGUCGAGGUACAAAUAAUGACUUUCAAUGGCCUGUGUCUCUUUAAGUGACAUUAUCCUUUUCAAACUAACACACGUUCGUCAUAUUUUGACAUUUUUUUGGUCGUUCCGUGUUGUCAUUUAGUGUUGCUUUUAAAGCACGUGUGCAAAAACAAAAACACACACACAUACACACAAAAGGAAGCAAGCCUGAUCCGAUCCAAAUGUGUAAAAUGUUAUUUUCCUGAAAAACUAUGCAUAAAAACCUCUGCUGAAAACACUCCUUGUUGUC